GCAACAACGCAAAUUGGAGGGCCUCGAACAAAAAUACUUUCUGAAACGGAAGUGGAACUGAAUCAUGGGAACAACAUGGCGGAAUGUUUGAAUCUCUGAUGUUGUUCCUAAACAACGUGUCUACAUUUCGCUAUUACACGAUGUAGCUAAAGACAUUCUGGUACCUACACAUCUUUAUAUCAAGUUUCAUUAUAAAUGCCAGUUACUAUCCCUGCGAACAGUAUGACAGAAUGGCGAACAUGUGAUACGCUCGCGUCGGGAAUGACAGAAGGUUCAGACGAGAGCAGGCAAGGUGGAGGGAAACCGAAAACAAACAGACUGAGAAGAAGCCUCAAACAAACGCAGGCAACUCCAUCUCUCAUUGUUUCGCCAAAAACCUGUCAAGAUUUCAAGAAGCCAACUCGUGUGACAAGAUCAAGAUACAACAAUGUAUUCAACAAAGGAGAGUCACCAAUGAAUGAAUCAGAACUUCAACAGGAUAUCAUUUGGGAUGCCACUUCCCCUUCACCCCUUAAGACAGUUAGCAAAAGAGGCAAGAAGUACUCUGCAAAUGUUGGAAUUGUGGACAUUUCGGAUAUUGUCAACAGAAUAGCUCCCAAGCAUGGGAGACCUGUAGUUCCAGAGUCAUCCUUGCUCCAGUGGAUUGGAGACAGUGCUAUUCCCUGCACCCCAGAGAUGCAGCAGCCCAGGGCCAAGAAGAAAUCCCCAAGGACAAAUGGAGUGGACAACCUUUUAAAGUUGGCGAAACAGUUUGAUUUCAACAUGUUUCGGCAAGACGAAGAACGAGUCAAUGAUAUGCACAAGCAGAAUUUGGUGCUUUGGAGGACCGACUCGGAGGACACAUUGGAUUUAGAUGGCAUCGAGAACCAGCCUCCUCCCUUACUGAGUAAUGGCACACCUGAAAGUACACAGUCCGCUCUUAAAACAAACAGCAUGAGAAACUCCAAAGACCAGAUACCUCCUGACCAUGAGAUGGAAGAUGAUUUGGAUUUUUUAUUUGAUGGACCAACUCAACACAUAAGUCUGAACUUAAGUCAGAAUUCAUUGCCUCAGUCCUUGGAGGUGAAGACUGCGCCCACUAUGUCCUCCAAAGUAAUUCCUGGAAAAUAUCCUUAUUCCAUACAUGGCCACACUUCGACCGUCUCCUCAUCGCAUCCUGUCAAAAGAUGCUCAGCAAAUAAUAACUUUGACGACGACUGGGAAAAUGACGAUUUGCUGGAUGACUCGCUGGUAUUUGAGAUGACCCAAAACCCAGACCUCUUUGCCGCUCCUAAUCAUUGUUCGACCCAAAAAGGAUCGAAUGAAACAAAACAUGAAAACAACAACCCCUCAGCCAUUCCCAAAAACGCUCUUCAAGGAAGUAGAGACAUAAAACCAGCGGUGUCCAAAGGACAGAAUGAAACUGUGAAAAACAGAAAAACAUUCACGCUUGAAGCAAAUCCUAAUGUACAAUCAAAAAGUAUCCUCUCGGAGGCAUUACCAAAAGUAGGUAAUGUCCCCGACACUGUCAAACCAGCACCACAUAGGAACAUACAGCAAAACCAACCAGGUCUCUUUCCAAUCAACAAAGCUCCGUCAAUGGAGUCCAGUUACCAACUUAGCCAGCAAACACAGCGCCUGUUUAAUGGAAUAAAGGCUUGGCCGCAGGUGCCUCUUUUUCAAAGUACAUCGAUCUCAACCAGCUCAAGCACAUCAAACUUCACCAACUCUUAUUCAAUGUGGCCCCUUCAGGUUGAGAAUAGCUCUUACCACAAGCCCACAGAGAACAGCAAUAUGAAGGGAACAGGUAUCAGCAAGGCCCCAGCUAGCCACAGCGUCAUCCCAGAGGACGACUUGGACUCUCUCUUUGCUUCUGACUCCAUCUGGGAUGACAAAGACGAUGACCUAUUGUGCCAAGCAUGUGAUCACCUGGAAAGCCAGGUACAGAGCAUGGAGGACCCUGUUAUCACACGCUCCCAAUUCCUGCCCAGUAAUCACACAGAAAGACAGAAGUGUGUCUCUGCACUUUUGAAUAGCAGCAGAUACAAUGUAAAUCAAACGACUGAGACCACACAAUCCAAAUAUCCCAACAAUUCAGUUUAUUUACAAUUGGCCCCCUGGAACGGUAGCACUUUCACCCACUCUCUCAAUACCAAAAAGUACCUGUUACUGUGGUCUCUGGUUCUGAAAGACCGAGUUCCAUUUCCUCAGCUGGAAAUGCUGGCACUAACUCCACGUAUAGGCCACAGAACCCUGCAGCAGGAGAAGGGUCAUACGAAAGUACUCGGGUCAAAAGCACUUGUGUAGCUGGGAGCACAGCUAAUCAACAAGGCACUGGGAGUGAAGCAGCUGGGAAAUGUUCUGUGGUGGAGAUUGAACUGAAGAAACAGCAGGCCAUGGAGAGGAGACGGCAACGGAUGCAGACGGCCCACAACCUAAGGGCUCCAACCUGAGGCUGGUAAAGUGCACAUAUACAAGAAGAUUCAGAUUCUUACUAUAGAGUUGUUGUAGCCUCGUACUACCAUCCUGAUCUCGUAGCAAAACAGAAUGUAAGCUCGCUAGUCCAGGAUGGUUGUACGAGGCUAGAGCUGCCGUGCCUUUGUCUGUUUUCCAACUCAUAAUUUACAUCACUCGAUCCAUUUCUGAAUAAGAUUUUAAUAGUUUUAAUAUAAAUGUUCUUAUUUACAUUAAUCUAUUAACUGUUAACAAAGUAACUUUAAAAAAUAAAUAAUAAUCUAUUUUCAGGGAGUAUGUUACCAGUUGUGUUUGCAGAAUAGGCUAAGCUUGUUCUGUCACCUUUUCAUAUUAUUCAUUAUAUAAGUUUUGUAAAUUACCAUAGGAUUACAACAUGAGCGGUUUUCUGAUUAAAAACACGAGUCUUGUGCUGUCAGAAAAACUAUCAUAUGUUUCUAUAUUGUUUAUCUGUCUUUUGCUUCUUUUUUUUGACAUUGUUUAUAUGUUUGUCAUUUGCACAAUAAUGUAAUUUGCACAAUAAUGAAACUGCCUCAAAAGAUGACACACAAAUAUUAAAGUUGUGAAAGGAUUCCCACCCACCCUUUCCAGACAAUACUAUAUUGUGUACAGCAGUGACAUCUAGUGCCCUUUUGUUUCUGUGUCAUGUAGGGUCACUCUUUCUUUAGCAUACCAUAAUUUAUUUUUUGUGGAAUACAACAGAGCUACUGUCACGAAGCACAAAAUAACCAGUUUGAUGCAACAGUCAACACAGUACGAAGAGCUCCUUUAGGACCAGCACACAUAGUAAUGAGUAGUGCUUUCAACAGAAAUGGUCUACAUCCCAAAUGGCACCCUAUUCCCUGUGUAGUGCACUCCUUUUGACCAGGGUCUAUAGGGAACUAAAUAGGGAGUAGGGUGCCAUUUAGGAUGCACACAUAGUUUAAGUCUGGUUUAUACCUGGUGCUAACAUCUAUCCUUUCUCUUGAUCCUAUCCACAUUCUGAUUGUGCCCACAUAGCCGUUACGUCUACACAUGGCAGUAAAAUGUGUAUUUUGUCUGUCCAUAUUGUGACCAGAUAUCCUGGUCCCUCCCUGUAUGCACAUUU